AUGUUGCCAAUGAAGAUUUAUCCAUACCUGAGCUAUCGCCGCGAAAUAAACGAAACAGAGGCAAAUUGUACCUACAAUUUGUAGAAAGUAUGGGACAGCUCAAACUCGCUGAAUGGAAAUAGCUGCUCACCAUUAAUCUUUAUUCGAUCUGCGAUUCCAAUGAUCAGGGGAGAUUUUUUAACACGGUGGAAUGCAAUCACCCUGGGAAAGGGAAGCAAAAAAGGAAAUUUUGAGGUAUUUCAUAUUUUUGGAUAGAUUAAGUCUUUCUUAAAGAAGUUUUAGGUCUCUUACCGUAAGAAGGAACCACCUUCGUUCCCAGACUUUCAAGUUAAGCGAGACAGUAUGUCAAUUUUAUUGCCGUAUGGAAAUACAAUUUUCUCGAUUCGUUUUUUGUUUUGUUUUGUGCUGUUUUGUGUACAAAAUCUUUGCUGUAACGAUUCGAAAUAUCAUUCCUUAAACUGAAAGGACGUUUCAGUCACGAAUUUUGACAUCUGUGAGAAAGAGCAGUUCAGUCUCCACUUUUUCUAUAGCCUGCUUCAGGUUUAGACAGUGUACAGAGUUUCUUUUAUUUUUCACCUAAAUGCCUUUUUAGUGCCCGUUAAAUGAUUCGCCUAUUUGUUUUGCUGACCGCGGGGAAGGGGAAUAGGACUGGUAUGUACGCGGAGAUUUUCAUUCCUUGAAUUUUACAACUUUUUGCUUUUCAAUUUUUUAAUUUUUAUUUUUUUUAGAAGACUUUUUUUUUACCCACGACAUUUACCCACACCCACACCCACGACCCACGACCUUUAUAUACCCACUAUCCACGACCCACGACAUUUAGCUACACUCAGUUUACAAGCAAGCAAUAUUAAGUGACAAUCGGAGCGAAACGGAAUUCCGAAUUUCAUCUUCUUCAUCAGCAUCUCAUUUAUGCGUAUGUGUCACUCAGUUUCAAGAGAGAAACGCAGUGCAUUUAAAUUUUUCUUUGAAAUCAAAAUUUUUAAUUUUUCUUUUUCAGGUUACACUUAAUCAGUUCGCCCAUGAUACUUGUGUAAUUUUAAUGAUUGCCUUGUUUUGUUUUUGAUCAUGAAUUAUCUUUUCAGAAAAAUUGCACUACGCGAAGCAAAUUCGCCAAGGCGAACAUCAGAAUUAGAAAGUCAGUGGAGGGAUUUUCAGCGACGUGAAGAAAACUUCCAGAGACAGAAACGGGAGAUGCAACAAAGCGAACAGGAUUUACAAAGGAAACUCAGAGUGGUUAAAGAACGGUAUCAGGACUCUCAAAGCCAGAUAACGGAUAUUGAGCAACAUGAACAAAGUAUGCAACGGCUGUUGAGAGAGCUU